AUGCAUCCUCGCGGUCUGCGGUACCCAGUCAUCCAGCCCGUCACGAAUCACCCCCUCGGUCCACAACCCGCCCUCAUUCCUCAUGACCUGGGCCCCCUUCAUCUCCCCGUCAGAGAAAGUUUCCAGGAGCAGCUUAUUUGGAACCACAUCUCGGACAAGCAGAGGGUCAUCACUGCGGAGAGGGCUGCCGCCGCAAAAAUAUACCUCGAGACGUACUACAGGGAGGUGCUCAGCGAAGGCCCGACACCCCGCGAAGUACGCUUAACCCGGUUCCAAUUCGAUAUGGACCAACAAGCAAGCCACCUGAAACAAUGGGAGAGGGAAGAGCGCUGGAAAGUGUUUCUGAAAACGGAGACUGAUUUUCUUCGCGAGCAAAGAAAUGCCAAAGCCCAUAGCUGCAGGUCGACAACCUCUGACGUUGGCGCAACUCGAGGUUCAGAGUUGGAUAACCUGGAGACACUUCAAAUUCUCGGAAAAGGUAGUUUUGGAGUUGUCAAGCUCGUCCGAGACCAUUCUCGCCGGCAGGUAUAUGCCAUGAAGGUCAUUCGAAAGUCGGACAUGAUUCGAAGCUGCCAAGAAGGGCACUUGCGAGCAGAGAGGGACUUACUGGCUGCCUCUGAGAGCUCCCAAUGGAUCGUGUCUUUGAUAUCCAGUUUUCACGAUCCUACGAACCUCUACCUCCUAAUGGAUUAUAUGCCCGGAGGUGACUUCCUUGGCUUGCUUAUACGCGAGAACACUCUGACCGAGGAGAGAACUCGGUUCUACAUCGCCGAGAUGAUCAUAUGCGUCGAAGAGGCACACAAACUUGGGUGCAUCCAUCGAGACGUUAAACCGGACAAUUUCCUCAUUGGCGCCGACGGUCACCUGAAGAUAUCGGAUUUUGGACUGGCCUUUGACAACCACUGGUCGCAUAACACGUCUUACUACAAGUGGCACAGGCAAGGGUUACUUUCACUGAUGGGCGUUAGACUGGAUGGAGAUCGCGAAGACCGGAGAGCGGCCCGUGGCGGGGGUCACUCAAGGCGGCGAUCGUCUCAGGCAGAAUCUUCAAAACAUACACCUCCAUCUGAUAUCGUUCAGUCCGGCGCACUAUUUGUUCCCCCGACGGUCCCGGGUAUGCCUGAGAGCGAACCUCCAAUGGUCGACACGCUGCUUGAAUGGAGAAACGCCGCGACCAGCCGGUCAUACGCUCGCUCCGUUGUGGGAACAAGCCAGUACAUGGCCCCAGAGGUGGUCACCGGCGAAAACUACGAUGGCAGUGUUGGAGUCAUCUUGUACGAGUGCCUUUACGGGCACACGCCGUUCCUCUCGGACAAGGGCCGGCACUACACCAAGCAGAACAUUCUUAAUCACCAAACCACAUUGGUUUUCCCCAUUAAUAGAAACACUGUCUCAAAGACAUGCCGGCAUCUGAUCAGGGAUUUGCUUCAGGACAAGAAAGACCGCCUCUCAUCACCAAAGUACCGUGAUCAAGACGAUCGACGAGCCCGACAAAAGCUUCUGGGUCGUCCGCAAACCCCACGCAGCUACGUUUUCCAGAACGAUGCGAUUGAGAUCAAGGCGCAUCCGUGGUUUCGGGGCGUUCCUUGGGGCAGAAUGCGUUCUGUGCAGCCGGAAUGGGUUCCAAGCAUAUCCAGCUUUGAUGAUGCUCACUACUUUGAAGAAGAAGAGCCGAUCAGCGACUGGUCUGAGUCGAUGGGCUCGGAAACAGCAGAAGAAUCAGAAAACCGUGCGGACCUUGACGCGGAGUUUCUGCACUUCGGCUUCGAAGCCGACGUGCGGGCUCUGGUUAUCGAGUUUACAGCCGCACCCUACGAUUCCACAAAGCUCAAACGUUUUGACCGUGACGUCGAUGACCACUCGGAGUUGGAAGAUGGAGAGAAGGAAUAUCUAAAAUGGUACGCCAGGAGAGCCGGCCAAAAAGAACGCAAGCGCCCCAGAGACAAGUUGCUCAGGGACCCAUGGGUAAAAGACGACGUCCUUCGAAUGAGAAAGCAGACGGCAUUCCUGGGGUAUUCAUGGCGGUGCAAAGGCAUGCUACAUCGCCCGUGUGUUGAUGGGGUUAUUGCUGCUAUCUCUUGA